AAGCUUAUAUGCCAAUUAAGAAAGAUAGAGAGAGAAGGUCAUGCAUCUCUCCUGAUAUAGGAGCCUCAGCCUUCAACCUUUGAACCUACCCUUUCUGCUUUUCUUAUUAAUAUACUCCUCUAUUUAUGUGAAUUCACCAGGGCCAAAGGGUUGUUGCUUUACCAUGGCUGUUCAAGCACCUUUGUAUGCUGAAAAUAUGUGCGGUGUUCAGGAUUGGAUGGUAAACCCUGCACCUGCUCUAAUUCCUUCCUCGUAUUUCACUCUUCAAGACCCUUCUCGAUAUACGCUUCCUUUUCAUCUGCAACAAAACGCUCACAAUUUGGCUGUUGCUUCUUCUUCUUCUUCCUCUUCCGCAUCUAAUGCUUUCGUCUCUGUGGCUCUUUCACAAUCGUUGGAUGCUCAACUGGAGAUGCAAAGACAGGAGCUUGAUUGCGUUCUUCGAUUGCAGAAUGAGAGGCUAAGAUCUGCUUUACGUGAGCAAAGAAAACGACAAUCGGCCAUCCUGCUAAAAUGUAUAGAAUCAAAGGCCAUGCAUUUGAUAAGGCAAAAGGAAGAAGACUUGGCUCGAGCAGCAAAGAAAACAAUGGAGCUCGAAGCCUCACUAAGAAAAGCGGAAACGGAGAGUCAUUCAUGGCAAAACCUUGCUAAAGCAAAGGAAGCAAUGAUCAUGGAUCUCAACAACAAACUGGAACAAGCGAGGGAGAGCCUAGUCUGGGUCAGCAAUGCACCAGAGGAUGCAGAAUCACUUUUCAGAGAUCAACAAGAAGGAGAAAUGAAACAAAAGAGCAAUAAUAAUAAUAAGAUGGCUUGCAAACACUGCAAUGCUAGGAGCUCGUGCGUCGUGUUUCUACCAUGUAGACACCUUUGCUCGUGCAAGUCUUGUGAAACUUUCCUCGAAGCUUGUCCUGUCUGUAACUCUAUAAAGGAAGCAAGCAUCAAGGUUUUUUGGGUCUAAACGAGACAAGUCACAAAGCGAAGUACUGUCACAAAGGAAUGCUCUUAUGGGGGAAAUUGAAACACACUUGUUGAUACAUGUACUGUCAGCCUAGAGUUUCAUUUUUCCUUCUUCUUUUAUUUUGCUAUCCAAGCCUGUGUUAUGAGACUCUUCCAAACGAUGACAGUAUUGAAAAA